AUGGGCCGCUGUAAAUUUUCAAAAGACUGUAUGAUUGGUUGGCUUAGAGACAACGCACUUUUGCUGUUGACAUUAAUUGGAGUAAUCGUUGGGUUUGUACUCGCUAUAGCGAUCAAGCCGGCAAACCCAUCAGAUGAAGUCAUCAUGUGGAUAAAUUUACCAGGGGAGCUGUUUAUGCGUGCGUUGCUGUGUGCCGUGUUACCGAUCAUAGUCUCGUCCAUAAUUACUGCCGUGGCAUCACUCGAUUUGAAAACCAACACAAAAAUGAGCGCUUUAUCAUUCGCAUACAUGGUGCUUAUAAUAAUACUGGCUGUCGUGCUGGGAUUAGUCCUAGCUCUGAGCAUCAAACCCGGCAACUCAUUCAGCGAAGCUUCUUCAGACGAGACACAGUCUAGUAGUAUUCAGUACUACGAGACCCAGGAUGUUUUUGCUGAUUUAUUCCGAAAUUUAAUCACGAACAAUAUUGUACAGGCAUGUGUACAACGGGUUUACACAGAAUAUGACUUGGUGCAGUCAACAUCGACGAAUAACGUCACAAAUAAGACGGAAAUCGACAUUGAAGUUUUAUCAAAAUCUGUAUCAUACAGUAGCGGAACCAACUAUUUAGGUAUUCUCAUAUUUUCAAUGGCUUUCGGGUUGGCUAUGAGCGUGGAACCCGAACAUACAACUGUCAUGUUACAAUUCUUUAACGCCAUGAAGAUUAUUAUAUUCAAGAUAUUAACAGUAGUUCUUUGGACACUCCCGAUCGCAACUACUAGUCUGAUCGCCGGGGCGUUGCUGAAAGUUGAUGAUUUACUUGAUGUAAUGGUAUCACUGGGACUGUUUUCUGCUACGGUCAUAGUCGGUUUACUCAUACAUACAUUCUUCACCAUUCCACUUGUCUAUUUCAUAUGGACAAGAAAGAAUCCUUUUGUCAUUCUUAUGAAAUCAGCCAGAUCUUCGAUUGUCGUCAUGGUGAUUCGGAGCAGUAUUGGUGCAAUGCCAGAAAUGUUCAAGUCAUGUGAACGAAUCGGGAUGCAUGAAAAAAUCUACGAUUUUGUGGUACCCCUGAGCGUAAAUUUUAAGAAGGAUGGUUCGGCUGUUUUCAUCGCGAUUAGCUGCGUUUGGCUCGCCCAGACGGAGGGGAUUACACUAGAUGCUGGACAGAUCGUGACCAUAGGGAUAAUGGCCUCCGCCCUCUCCAUGUGUUUACCUGGGAUACCGAGUACAAGUUUAGUUUCCAUAGCAACCAUUGCUAGCUCAGCUGGGAUACCGUACAAAAAUAUCGGUGUAUUGAUAGCCAUGGAGUGGUUGCUAGACGCUAUGAGAGGAGGCGUGAACGGUGCAAGUUACGUAAUCAACACUGCCAUCGUCGACGACAAAAUGGCGUCGGAAAUGCGACUUGUGGAUGAGAUGCAUGCCACGGAGAAAGACUGGAAAGAUACCGAUGGCGCGAGCAUUGCCAUGAGCGAUGACGUCAUCGAUGAGAAGAAUUUGGCGGUGGCCACUGAAAAUACAGUUUUGUGA